AUGGUACCCCUUAAUUUGCUGUCUUUCGAGUUCAGGCGUCUGAUAAAUGCCCUUCAUGCGAGCAAAAUCAAGGUCUACUUGGUGAGCGGUGGUAUUUACGAAAUGGUCGAUCGAGUGGCCAAGGAGCUCAACGUCCCGGAGGAAAACGUUUAUGUUAACCGCCUGAUCUACAGCGAAGACGGUCGCUGCAUCGGCUUCGACCGGAGCCAACACACAUCGCGCUCUGACGGGAAAAUGUAUGUGAUAGCAGAGAUUAAAGAAAAACUGCCUCCCGGCUCCGGUGUCCUCAUGGUCGGUGACGGCAUGACGGACGCAGCGGCCGUACCACCCGCUGACGCCUUCAUUGGUUUUGGCGGUAACGUGACCCGUCCGGCGGUCCAGCGAGCUACACCCUACUACUUUUAUUCCUUUGACGAUAUCUAUACCUUCUUUCGGGAUAACGGAAUAAUCCAUCGCUUUGGCUAA